AUGUCGCUGACAAUACCCGACAAUGGCCUUCUUCUUGAGGGUCCGACCGAUAUGGCGGCUCGGCGGCCGACGCACGCAUUCGCGGUACCCUUAUCCGCCGACCUCGUUGCGCAGAUGAUUGAGAGCGCACAGAAUGGAGUCAGGCUCCAGCUGUCACUGAAUGAUGAUCCGGCAAUCCUCAUAGACGACCAGGAAGUACCUCUUCAGCCCGACCUUUUAACAGAACCAGUGGACUACGAGCUGUUCUACACCAACCCCAACAAGCCAACAAGAGGUCAAAGAGUCUUGGGACCAGUCAUGUCCAUCUUUGACUACUACAAGAGGGCUAACGCCCGCAAGGCAGCCCAAUCCAGCAGAGCCUCAAACAGCAUUGAGGGCGCAGUCGAGAACCUGAAGAAUUCCUUCGCCAAGGUCGAGGCCGAUAAGCGAGAGAAUUCCGCUUUGAUCGUCGAGGGACUACCUUCCAAAAAGGGUGCCAAAAUCAACCCUGGCAAAGCAAGACUCCUGGGGUCACAGACCAAUGGCUCGUCUCGAUCAAUUUCUGUCAGUCCUGCGUUGAGUGGGCUUGGCUCACCUUCUCUGGGUCCUACCAGUAAUGGCCCUAGCGACCGAAUGAAGCAGCAGAAAUUUCCCAUCAUCCACGAGCUUGCUGCCCAAAACCUAACAUUCGAAGAACUUCUCGCGAAAUACGACGGUGAUGAGCAAGAGUUUCACCCCAUUCUCAACAAGGUGGCCGACUUUGACUCGAAUGAGCAAAAAUGGGUUCUUAAGAAGAUGUACUGGAAAGAGCUGGACGUCUUUGAGUACGCCUACGCCACGGACGACGACCGCCAAAAGGCUAUCGACAACGCCAUCAAGCAGUAUGAUCGCAUGCGAUUGGGUGUCUCGGAUCCUCUGUGGCAGAAGCUGCUUCCGAAGGGAGAGCGUGGCAAGGGGAUCUGUCUCAGCAAGCUUCAUGCCACUAUCGCCAAGAACAUUCAAUCAGCCCCGACUCCGAACCGAAUUACAGGCACUGCCAGCCCCAGCGGCGCAGAGACAGAGAAGGGAGAGGCGAUGUCGCGGUCCAAUUCUCAGACAGGAGUUACUAAGAAGAAAGUGUCGGCUUCGGUUGCGCAGGCCAAGCGUAUUGCCACCGCAAGCGCAAAUGCCAAAAAGACGGGCAGGCCGAGUGCUGCUAAGGCAGCAGCUUCAAAGGUGGCAUCGCCUAUGGUGGCAUCACCGAAGGUGGCUCCUACAAAGAUAACCGGGUCAAAGGGGCCUGCUCCUAAGGCAGGGCGUAUUCUCUCCAAGGAGAUCAUCACGGAUUCGGAGUCGGACGAAGACGAACCAAAGGCCGCUCCGGUCAGGGCUGCCGCGAAAAAGAAGGUCGAGGAGACGAGGGAUACGAUACGAGCUCAACCCAUCCCCAGAACGACCAAGACGAUGCUGUCAAAACGCACGCGGGAUCUAGAGGACGACGACAGCUCCAGCUCCGGUACUCCGCUCAGCCAACGUGUCAAGCCGGUGGCCAAACCCAAGGCACGACCUGACGCUAUGGGCAAGUCUGGCAACACACUUGCAAAGGGCAAUAAAUACUCCAGUCCCCAGAAAUCUUCGCCGUUGGCCUCAUCUCCGCCCACCAACGCGUCGGAUAACGAUGAAGAUCGCCGGACCAUUGUAUCAAGGCCUCAGAAACGUGAGCGUGAGCGCGAGCGCGAGAGGGACCGUGAGGUUAUCGUUAGCAGCGCAAGCAGCAAUGCCGGCAGCGUCAAUGGAGAUAUCGGAUCCAGGAGUAAGAAACGUCCCGCGCCGUCCGACUACGCAUCAAGCAAUAUCGGCUCUAAGCGGCCACGCCUCGACCCGGAUAUUCUCAGCAAAGCCGAAAAGUUCAAGCGCGCAUAUUCCCGCUACGAGGCAUUGCACCGCGAGGUCACUAGUGCAGAAGACCCUUCACCAGAUAAGGUGGAUAGUCUUAUGCGACUGCACGCUCGACUUCAGCUUGAGAAGAAGGAAAUCUACGACGCUGCCGGUGUCAUGUUGGAAGAUGACUAG